UUAUUUGAAAUCUGACUAUCCUUCUAACUGCCAAGUAUUUACGUUUUUUUAUCAGUUACAUGAUUUAUCACCCGAAUGAUUGCGAUGCACACCAAUAAAAUAGAAGAAAAUGAAAGAUUAUAAUACCUAUAAGACUAUAACCAGCUAAUUGUAAAACUAACAAAUAAAUAAGACGCAUAAACUCGUACUUGCACCUACCUCGAGUUAACUCGAACCGUUCUUUAUCGCGCCCAAUCAACAACACAUAUACGAACCCUGCACCAAAGCCGAAUCAGAUAAGGUGGCGGUGCAUUAUGGCGAUGGAGGCGAGGAGUGGCGGCAGCCGCCGUUAUUUACUCCGGCGAGUAGGAUAUUUUCCUUGUAUAUAUGUGUUGCGAAGACUCAUUACCCUCACUAGUCGGUAAACUCGCCGCCAUGUCACGCUGUCCCGGAAUCACACGUGAUAGAGAGGGUGGGGAGGGUGUCAGGGGAGCAUGUGACAGAGGUGGUGGUGGGAUUGGAUUUGGCUCUACGUUCCACCAAUCGUGUCAUAAAAGAAACCCCCCAAACCGGCGGUGGUCAAUUAUUAUACUUUAAUCAAUCCCACCGCGCACCCUCGUCAAUUGGACUUCCGGCAAUCGGAUCCCCGGAGACGAUGUUAAUUUUUAUAAUAUAAAUGCCUCCCUUAUCUUGCAAGACUCUGCUCGCCGGCUGACCCGCUUGCCGCCGGCGGCCACCUCUUUUCGAAGCUCAACACGUGGUGGUCACCAGUUUUCUCAUUAGUCACGUGACUGUCCUCCUGCCCUUCGUUCGUUGGUUAGUAGUACUUAGUAGGGAUAUCCGGAUAUGGGUGUUAUGUGGGCUGGGUGAAUUUCGUAGACGAAAUGGGCUUUGACUAGCCCGGUUGAAACUUUGGGCCUGUCUGUGUGUCCUGUUGGGCUUUGAAAUGUAGGAGAAUAUGAGUGGGCCGUCUCUCUGUACCAAGCCGAACGGACGAAAACGAUGAAUUUGCAGAUGUUAAGCGCUGAGCGGGCUUAAGUGCAAGUCUGCAACUGCCGAGUUGGAAACUGAAACAACCUGAACCAACCGCCAUCGCAGUGAGGCUGAGAGAUCUUGAGAUCGGAGAAGAUGGUGAAGAAGAAGCUUGGCGGCGGAACGAAUGCGUUCGAAGCGCUGAAUAAAAUUGUUUCGGAGCCACACUAUCUCUUCCAUUUCCUAGUUUUCUUCUCCUACUUUGUGGUUCGCAGCUCCGCCACUCAGGUCCUCUCCCCUCAAUUGUCCCUCCGUUUCCUGCGUCGGGAGAUUCAAGCCGUUCUCGGAUUCGCCGUUUUAGCUGCUGUCAAGUUGGUGAAAGAAGAAACAUGGGAGGGUUUUAUUGCUGAUACCAUCUUCUAUGCCAAGCUUUUUCUCAUCGCCAUUUCAUUGGUUUUGGAUUACCAUCUGGCUCUUUGGUAUACAGUGUUGUUUUCAGUGAUUUAUCUCUUAGCACAACAACCUGUUUUCGAAGAACUAGGUGAUGUGAAUAAGUUAACACCUCUGCAGUUGGAAACCUUGUUGACAGAGGGGCAUACGUCAAGAUACUGGUUGGUAGAGUUUCGUGCACAGUGUUCCUCUACUUGCAUACGUACAAGUCGUUGCUUUCCUGAACUUUCUGUCACAUACUCAAACAAGAACUUAUCCUUUGGAUCAGUCGAUCUCGGACUCUUCCCGAAUGCUGCAGAGAGAUUUGGAAUAUCACUUAGCGGAGGAAUGAACCAGCUCCCUACUUAUAUAUUGUUUGAAAAUGCAACUGAAGUCGCACGUUUUCCAGAGUGGGGCUUUGAAGCAAAAGCUCCUUACCCUCCUUUAACUAAGGGACGCAUUGUUCGACAUUUUGAACUCGACAGGCUCCUCCUUGAGUAUGUAAAUGGAAAAUAGACACAGCUACGUCGAUAGAUUACGUGUCGUAUGUAGUAUGCCCCUGCGCAGUUGCCACUGGUUCUACAGACUUUCAGUUUCAUAGCGCUGCCACAGGACACCAGAAAAAAAGGCACUGAAGAUUCCCUUGUAUGAUGUUAUCUGUGUGUUGCUUGCUCUGCUUUAACAGACUCAAAUGAUCUCAAAAACUGAUACAUUGUGCAUCAUGCACUCUUCUAUUUUUUUUCCUGCCAUACUUGUAACAGAAACUGACAAAAGGAUGAGGAACCUGUACUGAAAACUUAUGAUUCAGUAGAGUAAAAGUGAAAUUUGGCUAGAAGCUUAAAAUUUCUAGCAGGCAUCCAAAGCAGAGAGUGAAAACUUACUCUGCUAGCUACUAGAGGAUCAUUUCGUUUCAUCAAACUGAAAAAGCAUAGCCCCCUAAUGCUCCUUCUCGAGGGAUAUUGGUUAGCACCAAAGAUGCAGCAAAAAGCAACCAAACCAGCAAUAACUCUUUAACAAUCAUAACGUGGCAAUUGACUUCAAUGUGGUGUGCUUAGCUUCUUCGUGAAAAACAAACGUUUCUACAGUACAGACCCGAACUGGGGAAUGCUUCGAACAACCAGCAGCCUUGGGAAAUUUUAGAUUGUUUCUUUUCUCUUCCAUCUGAUCAAUCACGUACGAAAAAAGAUGCAGUGAGCUGCAACGGAUUACUAGACCCACAAGAAGCUCAGGUUCUCUGCUGUGACUUUAUAUUGAUUAAAAUACUAGUCGAUUAUUUGCAUAACAAGCGUUUGUAGUCCAACGGUUAGGAUAAUUGCCUUCCAAGCAAUAGACCCGGGUUCGACUCCCGGCAGACGCAAUUCUCUUUUUUCUUUUUUAUUCAAUGCAUAAAGUACGCAAUCAGUGAAACACACGUAUUGGGAGCCUAACGUGCAGCCAUGAUUAUGCAAUUGGGAGCAGGGAGCUGCUUUGGUUGGGCAGACCAAUCCAAUUGCUCGACAAUCCCUUCAUCAAAAGGUACACAAAGUGGUGAUGAUUUGAUCAAAGAAAGAAAGGGCAAUUACACAGCCUGGUUGGCUUCUUUCACUUUUGCUGUAGAAUGAAUGAAUGAUUACACUGUUUUUGUUACUGCAUGAGACUGUGACAUGCAUGCAUGGUGAUCAAAUGCAAACUUUAAUCAAUCAAUCAUGCCCUCCAAAGCAAAAGUGAUUUAGAUUAACCAUUCAAAGGGCAUCAUUCAUUCCUCUAGAACGCCAUGAGAGGCCAAAAGGAAAGGAGAAACAAGAAAUAUAUAUAUAAGGGGUGUUCCUCACCUCUUAUGUCAUAGUGACAAGAUUUCACUCAUUCUUGCACUGCGUUUAACUUCAGGGCUUUCAUGAGAACUUCUUUAUUUCAUUCUUGCCCACCAUCUAUCGUUCAAAAUGGUCUCGAAGAGGCUCUAAUACCACUUGUAAACAUCCACCCAUUUUCUUACUAAAGUAGUGUCCGCUUUUGAUGCAUAUCAUAGUCACUUCCCAAGAGAUCACUCAUCUUUGCGUUGCUCCACAUUGAGUGCGUUUAAUUUCAGAGUUCUUACAAAAACUUCUUUUCAUUUCACCUCAAACACGUCUUGUCUUGUAAGUUAAAGUUGAAUUAUUCCUAAUGAAUCUCGGGAACCCUCUCGUCUUUUGUCAUCGUAUGAUUUAACUAAUGUAUUGCAUUUAACCUUCCUCUUUACUUUCUCCACACCUUCCAUACACACAGAUUUCAUAUAUCUAGUGGAGAGGAUAGUGGGUUCAUGAACCCCACUUGACAAACAUAGAAGUCAAUUAUGUACAUUCAGAGUAAUUUCAACCAUGAUAUUGAUCCAAUUCCUGCUAGCCAGUGAUGCUACUCAUCAUCAAGAAGUGUCCAUGUGUGUAUGUGUAUAAAGCCAAACGAAGAAUGAAGCUGUCAGAAGGAAAGAGAUCAUCUUUAUGGAAAGAAAAGGCGUUACGGCUCAACAUGAAAGGACAAAAUGAAAUUUGAUAAAGAAGAAGUAUAGGGGGCAGAAAGGAAAGACUGAUAUAUGGUCGAUGGAUGAUGAUGACUUGACUGCUAAAGAGCACUACUACACUAGACAAACAGAAGGGAAGAACAGGGAAAGUUGUGCAGAGAAAAAACAGGGGAUUUUGCAAAAUUGGAAAGGGACCACGACCUACCGGUUCAAUCGAACCAACCUAGCGAUCGACUCUGAUGCUCUUGCCCGGCCGGUUUGAUGUGAGAAUUAGCAUCUUGAGGUUGUAGUGAAGACUCAUAUUCUGAAGAUUUUUCCUUAUCUUAGUCAUAUGCUGAUUUGGUGUAACUUUUGAUGAGCGUAUAGUUGUUCGAUUCAGAUGUGAUAAAUUUAAUGAUACAAAUGUGAACAACGACUCAUAUUGAGUAAUUAAAAGAUAUGAUUUGAUUUUGUAGAUGAAAUCAUGUAUUUUUGUUGUGCAAUAAAAAUAUAUUGGUAGG